AUGUCCGCUGGAGACGGAGGCCUCGUCAAAGUUUUCAAAGACAUUGACUCUGAGUCGAAUUCAAAUCAAAUAUCGACAGCGUUCAAAGAAAUAGCCCAACGAUUGGAAAAUGGAAGUCACACCGCCGAAGGCAUCGCGGCAACAGCUCGGCUGCUCUCGAUGCUGGAGGCUUUCUUGGAGAGCUCGCAAUCUGCGACGAAAUUGGUGAAACUUCUACCAAUCACCGUUUCCUUCCAAGACACGUUGUGUGAUGUCUUUCAAGUUUUGGAUUCUCACACUCAGUGUGAAGCGAAAGCGAGGCCGAACCUCGUGGCGCUGAUCCAAGCGGUAGCCGGAACGAUGGAUGAGGACCUGAUGAAGGAGCGUCUCGACUUGGACCUUCUAGGCGAAGCGGAUCUGGUCAAGAAUCCGAAAGCAGCGAAUCAAAAGAUGAUACGAGUCAAAACUCGUUUAUUUUACAAACAAAAUAAGUUCAACCUGCAUCGUGAGGAAAGCGAGGGUUACGCAAAGUUGAUGUCCGAGCUUCUCUGUCGCACGCAUACCGAUGUUGCCGCGUUGGUCAACGUUCUGAAGGCUCUGAUCGGAUGUUUUUCCCUCGACCCGAAUCGUGUCAUCGAUACGAUUCUCGAAGCUUUAGAAAAUCAAUUGGACAGACACGAACUAUUCAUCGGCGUUCUCAAAGAAUUCGGCAUGGAUUCAGGGAACGUCGCACAAAUAAUGGGCUUCAAAUUCUCGUUUUAUCAAGAUGCGGAGCAGAAUUCUUCGCAGACGCCGGUGACGCUUUUCAAGGUUUGCGCUCUACUCAUCAAGAACGGAAUCAUCGAGACCGAACAAAUUUUUCCACUUCUCUCCCCAGCGAACGAGGUUUUGGCCGAGAAGUUCCGGGAAGAAGUCGCCGCGGCGAAGGCCUGGGCGCGGAACGUCGCAGCGAUGACUCCCGAACAGUACGCCGAGUUUGAGAAGGGCGAGACCGAUUUGGACGAGUCCAACAAAAAAGAGGAAAGUUUCCAGAAACUCUCACUGCUGGCCGCCCUCGUCCAUGUCGGCGCGUGGUCAGAUGUCCUCAUGCUGCUGGAAUUCAUCCCGGCGCCUCUUGUAAUGCUCAACGAAGAAGUCAAUCGAACGAUGAUGAACACGUUGCACUACAUCAUCGAUCCCUUGUACAGCAAGAACUCGACGGUCGCCCCUCUUUACCGGAAGAAAAUUUCCGCGAAGCAGAAACUCGAGGGGGUCGCUCAUACGGAUCAGAUCUCGACAUUUAAAGCUUUCCAAAAAGAAGUUGUUCCUGUCGUCUGUCUGCUUGGUCCGAUGCUCCACAAGGAUCCUAUCCUGCUUAGUAAAGUUGUGCGCCUAUGUAAAGCGUACACGGCGCUCAAGCCCGAGGAGAAGAAGGAACAGAAUACAGAGGGUCUGGAAUUCGACAUUCUCACCUUGAUGGACGAUGCCCUCUUACCGUCGCUGCAGCUCUUGCCCGGGAACUGCUGCGUGUCUGAAGAACUUUGGUGCGUCAUCAAGACCUACUCGUACGAGCAGAGGUAUCGUCUGUACGCCUCUUGGAAGUUGGAGUCACCGCAUCCUCUGCUGAUCCGACAAAGAGCAAUCACGACCAGACGGUCGCGUCAUAUCAUGAAAAGGCUCUCCAAGGAAACCGCGAAGCAGUGUGGAAGACAAAUCGCGAAGCUAGCCCACUGUUCCCCGUGUCACGUUCUUGGCUACAUGCUUUCCCAAGCACAGAUCUGGGACAAUCUCAUCGGUCCAGUGGUGGACUCGUUGAAGUUCCUGACGAGCUUAUCCUACGAUUGUCUGGCGUUCUGCAUAGUUGAAGCUCUAGCGACGCAGAACAAAGACCGCUUCCGAGACGAUGGUGUGACCGUGAGUGGUUGGUUGAGGUCCAUCGCCAGCUUUUGCGGAACAGUAUUCAAGAAGUACAACAUCGACCUCUGUGGAUUGCUUGCGCUUCUGGCUAAUCAGAUCAAAGCUGAAAAAUUCCUGGACUUGCUCGUCCUCAAGGAAAUCGUGUACAAAAUGUCGGGUAUCGAGUGUAUGCAACAGCCGACCCACGAUCAGCUUGAUGCGAUGUACGGAGGUGAAGUUUUGAGGAGUGAGGCCGGUUAUUUUACGCAAGUAAAAAACGUGAAAAAAAGCAGCCAACGACUCAAAGACGCUCUAGUCCAGCUGGAUUUAGCCGUUCCCCUAUGUCUCCUAGUAGCGCAGCAGAAAGAGUACAUCCUGUAUAAAAUCGACGACGCUCAUAUAAAACUACUAGGCAAAAUGUACGAUCUCUGUCAGGAAGUCCUGUUCCAGUUCGGACAAUUCUUCCUGGUUAACUACAGCUCCAGUGAGCACCGUUUACCCCCGGUGGGCGAACUCCUAUCGAAACACGGGGUGACCGCCGACGUGGCUUUCUUCCUGGCCAGGCCUGGUUUGAUGGAGACGAUUGAGAACAAGUUCCAGGAAAUGAAAAAUCAACCCACAACCGAAUCAGUCAGCAAACAAGUCGAGUCAAAGAUGUACGUCGACGCUGUGAACGCGGUGCUUGGACCGCUUAGCGACGCGAUCAAGCCCAUGUAUCCUCCGAAAUGUUGGCAAGAUCUGAGCAGCGAGCUGUACGUCGCGUUUUGGACUCUGUCGAUGAGCGACGUCGUUGUCCCGAACGACGCGUACGAGCGUGAGCUCAAAAAGCUCAGAAUGCAAGUCGCCAGUCUCGAGGAAAACAAGGAGUUGGCUCCAGCGAAGAAAAAGAAGGAUCGGGAGCGUUGUGUGGCACUGAUGGACAAGCUCCAAGAAGAGGUUCAGCGUCAGGAGGAACACGUAGUGCACGUCAUGACGCGUCUCCGGCAGGACAAAGAUUCUUGGUUCAUAUCUCACACGCUGAAAAACGACACUAUCACUCAGUUCCUCCAGCUGUGUCUCUUUCCCCGGUGUAGAUUUUCCCCAAUGGACGCGGUCUAUUGCGCCCACUUUGUUCACACCCUACACAAGCUGAAGACCCAGAAUUUCUCGACGCUCAUUUGUUUCGACAAAAUUUUCUGUGACAUCACCUACACCGUGGCGUUGUGUACGGAAUCUGAGGCGUAUUACUACGGUCUGUUUCUUGGAACCCUGCUGGACGUUAUGAUGCGAUGGCAUGCCGACAAGGAGACUUUCAAUCAGGAAUGCGCGCAGUACCCGGGAUUCGUCACUCGGUUUAAAGGCGCCCAGGGCGACAAUAGUCACCGGGACAACGACGUCGACUAUGAGAACUACCGUCACGUAUGUCACAAAUGGCAUUACAAGCUCACGAAGGCUCUGGUCAUCUGCCUGGAGAGCGACAACGACGUACAGCUGAAGAACGGACUCAUUGUGUUGACCAAACUCAUCCCUCAUUUUCCGAAGAUCAGCAAUCUGUAUCAGGCUCUCGAUAAGCGAGUCGAAAAGAUAAAGACCGAGGAACGGGAGAACCGAAAAGAUGUUUUCUCCUUGGCUAGCAUGUACUCGGGCCAUCUGAAAACGAUAAAGAAUCAAUGCGUGCCCGAACAUGAAUUCCACCAAAAGGAAGCCGCGAUCGUCAAGAAAGUCAUCGCAUCAAAUUCGACAGCGCAAGCCGCAGCGAACCCCGCGGCUGCACCCACCAACACGGCCACAGCUUCCGCUGCUGCUCCGGCUGCCGCAUCCGCGGCUCCGACUGUUCCGAACACGACAACGACAACACCCGCGCCGAGCACUGGCGUCACUUCUGCUUCUCCAACGACGAGUGGUCCGCUGCCGGCACAAGUCGCCAAAGCAGCUCCCCCUCGGCCGAAAGAAGUCCGGAAGGUUAAGCCACCGACUCGUACGAGUGAAGAGCCUCUUCCCAGACCUCUGAAGCCAGAAGAACCGAACGGUAAUGGCGGAGCGGACGACCCCAGGAAACGGAGUCGGAGAAAAGAAGAUCGAGAAGAAGGUGAAGUGCGCGAACGCAAACGAGGCCGUCGCGAAGAGAGAGACAAAAACGGUCUCUCGGAACGUAGUCGCGAACGAGGUCGGGAGCGAUCCCCUGUUGAUCUGGAUGACGACCAGAGAGCAUUGAAGAGACAGUGA